AUGGAUUGGAAUGGCGAGGAGCAGCCAUUGAACUCCCAUUACGCUGGCUGGCAGCCAACGACAGUCGUCAACGCUAUUAAUCAACCGUCGCCAGGUCGCCGAGAACAAGCUAUACAGCCACCCCUGCUAACAACGGCUCUUGGCAUUUCUCAGUUUCAUCCUGGAUCUACGCCGCUGUCCUCUACCUCAUUGUCUAGCCCAUUCACACAUGGCCAAUCACCCUGUGUUUCUUCUCCGGCAAACGGUUGGUCUGCCUCAUCAUCGUCUACUUCUUCAAUGUCUUCCAGACAGACAAUGGCCUAUAAUGUGCCCUAUAAUCCACAGCACUGGGGACCUAUGGGCAGUGCUCCCGCACAAUCUCCACAUUCUCAAACUAAUACCGUCGUGAGGGUUCUGCCCCAGAGAACACAUACAGAGGAUUCUUUGUCGCCGCCUCCUCCGCCUUAUUCACCUCCAAGCAAUCAAAGUCAAAUGUCCCAAGUUUUUACACAAGCUAAUGCGAAUAUCCCACUGGCCCCUACUGUGACUCCACCUCCGACUGGUCCUAGAAAUGGUGAUUUUAACAUGAUAACCGAGUACCAAAGACGCUCUGUACCUCGACAACGUCCGGUUUCUAUGGUCUAUUCAUAUGACGCGGGAUCUCACCGACAGUCGCUACCCCCUCCGCCACCACCGCAAGGGAAUGUAGGAUCAAGAUCUGCUUCACACAGUCGGAUUGAUGGAUAUCAGAAUUUACCCUACCACGCUACUGCGCACUCAAGAUCCAGGCUUUCAAUUUCAGAAUAUGGCCAUUCUAAUCAAUCUCCCUCUUUGAGAGCAAUGGCACCGGACCCAACAGGCGAUUUAGAGCCACUGGAGAGACCUCCUGCCUCUAGAAGAGCAGUAUCUGCUGGGGCUGUGGUGAGUAAUGCAAGCUCCUCAAGAGGCACAAGUCAAUCGAGGAUUCACUCUCCAUCCAAUAAUGGAUGGGGACCAGGUAUGCCGCUUCCUCCUCCGCCGCCAGGGCCUCCUCCUUCAACGAGAUCUAUCAGUGUGAGCGGUUCAUCAGAGGCUUCAUCGGCAAACACUGUGCAGAGUCUGGUUAGAGCUAGAGCUCGACCGCCGCCGCCGUUGAUGGGAACUGAUCUGGGUAGUAUUCCACCAACACCGGCGGACUGGGUAGAUGAAGAGUAUAUAAAUCAUAGACCAAGCAGUGAUAAAGAGUCCUUAUAUAUCGAUACCACCAAGACUAUACCAGACUCCGAUCUCAAUGACACAUCACAUCAGAGGACGCCUGGUAGCGGCGGCCUUUUCCGCAGUGCAGCAGUGCGUGAACCCAGUGCUAAAGGGAUUCGUGAGAGGAGAAUUGAGCGACGGAAUCGGCAAAGCCAGGUCUUCGAAGAUUUUAGUGCUGUAUCUUCGAGCGGCAACCCCUGGGCUGAUGUGCUGGAGCAGAUCAAGCCGUCGAACCUCGUAUUUCCAGAAUCGAAAAACAGUCCGGACCAGCCUCGUCAACCCACUUCCUCAAAGCUAACUCCUCGGAGCGCUCAAAGCCUCAACUCGGAUGGACGUCAUCCUUCUCGGUCUCGAGCAUCCUCAACAGGACUUUUCUCUGAGCAGUCAUCCUACCAGACUCCCAAGAAAGAGCAAAGCCCCUCUAGAUCCAGCAGGUUGGCAUCUGUUUUUGCGCAGACUCCUCCAUUUUCACCGAAUGGAGAAUCAUCCUCGGCGUAUGUCAAGGAGGCGUCUCAAGCAAUACCACCAAGGGCAUUGCCGACUCCGCCUUUGAACCCUGCAAAGGAAGCUCAGCCACGGCCUCGCACCUUGUCGAGAGGAGCAGAAGACAGACCUAUUUCACACAUUCUGAAUAUGCCCAAUCAUGAUGCUUUAUCUUGUAUCAAACCCCUGUCGCCGCGUCGAAUUUCUUCCCACGGAGAUCACCAGGUAUCGCUGGAGUCAGUCGUAAAGACAGAUACUCAAUUUCUCGAAGGCGCAAUACAGCGACACAAGCAAUUUAUUGAGCAGGAAUCUUCUGCUGUAGAUGAAAUUGAGGCUCUGAAAUUAUUCUCGCAGUUCAUCAUAGGAGAAUCCCAAAUACGACGUGAAAGAUAUGCUGCAAUUUGGGAUUCCAAUUCAAACUCUUUCGAGGUGGAGGAUGUGCGCAACAAGCUUUUUGAACUGCCCCCAAAGCCUGACCCCAUCCAGAUAUUAAGAGCAGCUAAGCCAAAAGCACCCGUGUUGCAAAUACCUCCAACGCAGCCCGGCAGACCAGAGUCUGCGUGGUGGAAUAAUUUUCAACCUUGCCUGUCUCCUAUCGCCGCCAGUCUCAACAUGAGCAACGACGAAAUGAGCUCCAGAGGCCGUGCACCUAGUCGUUGGUGGGAAUCAAAGACUGGAUCUAGCAAUGGAGGCGCAGAACAACGAGUUCAACGGUCUAAAAGAGAAUCAAAAUACAUGGGACUGCCACGAGACACCGCUCAAUGGGACCAAGAACGAACACCAUCAAAACUUGAUGACACGGGUUCAAACUACAGCGAUAACUAUGCGGCUUAUGGUCCCGAUGAAUACCCACCAGAAAAGUCUGGCUCGCAUGAGGCCUCUUCCUCUCAUAUUGGUGGCAAGAGUGAAGACCGAUUUGGGCACUUCAUGGCAAGCUGGAAGUUGGACAUCUCGCGGUUAAUCACUCUACCUCCGCCAUAUCCGCGCCACUACCCUGCAGUGAACAAUAGCCAUCCUGAGCUCAUUUCUUACCGAACAGUGGUACGUUCAAUUACCGAUUUUUCAGAGAUCAAGUCCACCCGACAACGGUAUCAACUAGAUGUGGAAAGAAUGAUUCAAGAUCAUCAAGAAGCAAUCCAAGACGGUCGUCGCCAAUUUAAAGCCAAUAUUCAAAACCAGAUUCAAGAGGGAAGCAUCACAUUUGCAGAGGCAGCCGAGGCUGAGGCUGCAAUGAUCGUGGAAUAUAACAAAAGCGAAAGAGAAAUGGCAAAACGUCAGCUGGACAUGUAUCAAGAGAUUGUCCUGAAGCCUAUGCACGCGAUAAUCAAAGAUCGGAUCGAGAAAGCAACAACGUGUAUCGACGAGCUCAGUAGCCAGCUAUUUAACGAUGCGCAAAGUGAGACACCAGACCAAACCCAAGAGGAAGGCGACGAAAAGCCUGAACUAUUGGAAAGGCUCACUCAGCUGAAAUGGCUGUUUGAAGCACGUGAACAGCUCCACCGAGAAGCAUUUGAUCUGGUCAGUGACCGUGACGAGAAAUACAAAUCAAUCGCCCUGUUGCCAUACAAGCAAAGCCAAAAUGAAGACAAAGUCCGGGAAACACAGGAUUUCUUCACGAAGGAUGCCUUGAACCGACGUGUACAGCAGGAGACAGAAUCCUUCACCCGCCUUGAAUCAUUCAUGGACGUGAUUGAGCAGAACGUCGUACGUGGCGUGGAGAUCCAACUCUCUGCAUUCUGGGACAUUGCCCCAAAUCUUCUCGCUCUGGUACAACAGGUUCCAGAGGAUCUACGAGGGUUCCAGGUUAAGAUUCCUGUGGACGAGUACGACGAGAACCCGAGUUAUCAUGCGCACCCGCUGCAGUAUCUAUACUCGCUAUUGUCUCACGCUGAGAAGUCUAGUUACCAAUACAUCGAGUCUCAGAUCAACCUUCUUUGCUUGUUGCACGAGGUACGGUCAGCAGUGAUUCGAACAAAUAGGAACCUUACAGAAGCGGAAAUGAUUCAGCAGGGCGAACAGGAGAAUGUUGUGCGUCGGAAAAUGCAGGAGGCGCGCGAGAAAGAAGAGGUUAGGCUUACUUCUGACCUCAAGGAUAAGGUUGCUACUGUUGAGAGUCAAUGGACUGAGGCGCUUGGAAGUCAAAUUCAAGGGCUGCGAGAGCGUGUCAAAGAGCAACUGAUAGUUGAGGAUGGAUGGGAAGAUUUGGAGCGAUUAGAACAGGAAUAA